ACUUUUAGGAACUCUUUCAUAAAUGCUCUUAAUAUGAAUGGAGGAGAUGGAGAACACAGCUAUUCUAGUAAUUCUGAUAAUCAGAGAAAUGUUAUCGCUAAAACACGACCAAAGGUGGAAGAGAAUAUCAGAGAAAUGUUACUUAAGUUAAAUUUCCCUGAAUGCAUCAAAGUGUCAGAUUUAGGAUGUUCUUCAGGACAAAACACGUUUUUGGUUAUGCUCGAAAUCGUCAACACAAUCACAGGAUCGUACCAACAAACAAAUCAAGACCUACCAGAGAUUGAUUAUUGCCUAAACGAUCUUCCACAAAACGAUUUCAAUACAACUUUCAAGCUGGUCCCUUUCUUCAAUAAAGAGGUUAAAGGAAAGUGUUUCAUAUCUGGAAUCCCUGGCUCCUUCUACUCAAGACUCUUUCCAAACAAAUCUCUCCAUUUUCUUCAUUCAUCUUAUAGUAUUCACUGGCUUUCUAAAGUUCCUCAAGGGCUUGAAGAUAACAAGAAUAACGUACACAUUAGAAGUGGAUGCUCUCUAAAUGUGUGCAGGAGUUAUAUGAAUCAGUUCCAAACUGAUUUCAACUUAUUCUUAAGAAUGCGGUCUGAAGAGAUAUUGCCUAAUGGACGCAUGGUUCUCACGUUCAUAGGACACAAAGAUGUAAAACCUUUUUGCAGAGAUGAUUUCUACCUUUGGUCCUUGCUAUCUGAUGCGCUUAUCGACCUAGUUUCAGAGGGGGUUGUGAAGCAAUCAGAAGUGGAUUCAUUCAAUGUACCGUUCUACAAUCCGAGCGCAGGAGAGGUUAUGAAGGUUGUCCGAAAUGAAGGCUCCUUUGAGAUUAACAAGAUAGAGACAUAUGAGCAUCUUGUUUCCUACGAAACUGAUGAAGAAAAAGAUGAUGACCAAUCACAUGGAAUUAAAUUUGGGAGAAAGAUGGCAAAUAGAGCAAGAGCCAUCACUGAAUCAAUGCUUAUUGCUCAUUUUGGUGAUACCAUUAUCAUUAACCACAUCUUCAACAAAUUUGCACACCAUGCAACCCAAAAUUAUAGUUUUUCCGGCCCAACAACAUUCAACAUCAUCAUGUCCUUGAUUAGGAAAUAA